AUGAGACGUUACUGCCUUCUUAGCGGCAACGCUCAGUCUUUUCAGGGUGCCCGAAUGGCACAGGCACGUCAUCACAUCAACGGGUUUUCACUCUUUGCUAAGGAAAUACAGGAGAAUGAGCAGGUCCUCACAGCUAAAAACCUGCGACAUGGACAUGAGAACAUGCGGGUUGUUUCGCGACGCUGGCAGCAACUCACUCGUGGGCAGCGCCACUGGUACAACAGACGCGCGCGUGAAAUUGGGGUUCUUAAGGGUCAUGACAAUGAAAAGUCGUUUAAUGAUUUUAAUUUACUCAUGCGACUUCUGUUUCGGUCCGAGGAAGUGGCGCGUGUCGGCGACGAGUUCUUUACCGCCCACAUGGCGAGGAAUACAUUGACACAACUUAAAUCUGAACACAAGAAAAAACUUCGCGAGAAACUGGUGCCCAAGACACUCCGCGACAAGAAUAAGAAGACGGAGCGAGCGUUACCAGCAGCCUGGUAUUUUCCGCAAAUGCGCUACUUUGAAUCGUUUGUGGAGAUGCUGAGAAGCGUGGCUCCGACGCAGAAGGCCCUUUUCACAGCCGUCUCGCGGGUUCUUGCGGUCAACCGGAUAGUUUCAGGUGAUUUAUGGGAAAAUCUGUCGAAAAAAUUUGACGGCCUCACAGAGGAGGAGCGGGCGAAGUUUAUGCCUAUCACGGAUGAGGACGCACCCCGGUUUGAGAAGUACUGCGCGUCUCACUGCGCCACCUUUGAUGUAGAUCGCUUCGAUAUUGUGCGGCUUUUUGCGCAGUACCGUGGACUUGCCACCGCCAAGACAUCUCUGCCGGAGCCGGAGGCGACACAAUAUAAGAUGCUCAUGGAAUCCGAUCGAUUCCGCGAAAGUUUGUAUUUCAAGGCGCUGCGUAACUUGGAAAGGGCCAAUGCGGGUCGGAGCACGGAUCAGGGAACUUACAUCUCCCACAUUCACCCGGACGGAGUAAAUGUUCCGCCAAAGACGUACCUCAUUUAUUCCCGCAUGAGCGACGUGGAAAUUGCUACACUGCUGGCAGAAACCCGAUACGGGAAAUCGGUGUAUGACGAUGUUAUGGAUAGAGCGGGCUGUUUCCGCCUCGAAAAGGCCAAUGCGUUACUAACAGAGACGUACUUGGCACCCGAGCGAGUCAUUAAAAAAGGGGUAGCGAAGAAGACCCCCAAACCAUAG